AUGGCGAUUCGUGUCAAUCGUUUGAGUGCUUCGAACAAUUCUGAGAGAAAACCUCUUCAUUAUACCCAUUGUGAUAUGGACCACCAUACCAUUGAUAUCUGCCACCAAUUGCACGGCUACCCUCUAGGCACAGAUUUCACAAGCUUGGUUCAACUUCCGGUCAGAACUUCAGCAAAGCUUCUUGAAAAUGGGGUGGUCGUAGUGCUGCCAAUCAUGCUACUUCUAGUUGUGGUCCUUCUUUGCAAGAUAUUCAAGCUGCCAUCCCCUACUUGUUCGAAGACCAAUGCAAGAAAAUUCACUCGAUGGUGA